CCGCGCCCCCGCGCCAUGGAGGGCUUCGCCGGCCGCGGCUACGGCACCGGCGGGCCCGACAACCGGCCGCUCUUCGGGGAGACGUCGGCCAGGGACAGAGUCAUCAAUCUAGUUGUUGGCGGCUUAACGUCCUUGCUGCUUGUAGUCACUCUGAUCAGUGCUUUUGUCUUCCCGCAACUACCUCCAAAACCUGUGAAUAUAUUUUUUGCUUUCUGCAUCUCCUUGUGUUGUAUUUCUGCUGCCAUACUUAUCUACUGGUAUCGACAAGGAGACCUGGAACCUAAAUUUAGGAACCUAAUCUACUAUAUAUUAUUUUCUAUCGUCAUGUUAUGUAUAUGUGCCAACCUGUACUUCCAUGAAGUGGGGAAAUGAUGGCCAUGGGGAGUACCCGGCGCUGGUGCUGCUGUGUCAGGCUGCCUUCAGCUCAGCUCUCGCCCGAGACCUCCGAGGGAGGACAAUCAGCCCGAGAAGAAACAAGUGGGUUGUGCAGAGAUAAAUCAGUACAUGAUCUUCAUGUAACGUAUACGUAACGUCCCUCGUGUUGGGGAGGAUUAUUGCCGUAAGACGUGACAUUCUGCUUUUUUUUGAAGAGCUACCGUUGCACUUGAUGAACAUUCCAGUUGUACUGAUGUUUCAGAAUGGCACAAGCUUUUUCAUUUUGGAAAAAAAAAAUGCAUUUUUUUAUUACUGUACAAAUGAACUGCAGCAUUGCAAGGGUGUGUGGCAGUGUGAAUAAAUGGCAUCUUACACAUACGUACGACAAAUACUCUUUAUUUCGUUUAAACGGAAUAUACAAUUACCUCUGUUCCCUAGGCAACCAUUUGAAACUACAACUUAUUUUUCACAUUAACAAAACCACAGACUGAAAAAGACCAACUCCUGAUUAUGAAGAGCUAAUUACAGAAAUAAAUAAAAUAAUUUAUACAUGA